AAAAAAUGCAAGAAAUUCAGAUGAAUGACGGAGUACGCAAACUGCAAGUGCUUCUCGGGCGACAGCUGAUUUCUGAUUCCUUGAACUCUCCACCGAUCAGAAAUCAUCAUGGCUGAAAAUGCGGCGGCGGCGACGGCGGCGACGGCGGCGGGAGCUUCUCCGUUGAAGCUUUACUCGUACUGGAGGAGCUCUUGUGCUCACCGUGUUCGGAUUGCCCUAAACUUGAAAGGGCUAAAUUUCGAGUACAAGGCUGUUAACUUAUUGAAGGGAGAGCAAUUCACUCCCGAAUAUGAAAAGCUAAAUCCUAUCGGUUAUGUACCUACUCUUGUUGAUGGGGAUUCUGUUAUUGCCGACUCUUUUGCAAUACUAAUGUAUUUGGAGGAAAAGUAUCCUCAGCAUCCUCUGUUGCCUCGAGAUCUUCAUAAAAGGGCUAUUAAUUACCAGGCUGCGAACAUUGUUUCUUCUAGCAUACAGCCUCUUCAAAAUCUAGCUGUUCUGAAGUACAUUGAGGAAAAAUCUGGUCCAGAGGAGAAACUUUCUUGGGUUCGACAUCACAUCGGAAAAGGUUUUUCUGCCCUUGAAAAGCUGCUAAAAGAUCAUGCUGGAAAAUUUGCCACCGGAGAUGAAAUUCUUCUGGCAGACUUGUUUUUGGCACCUCAGCUUAACGGCGCCAUUACAAGAUUCAAUGUUGACAUGUCCAAAUUCCCACUUUUAUCCAGGUUGAAUGAGGAAUACAAAGAUAUACCAGCAUUCCAAGAUGCAGCACCAGAGAAGCAGCCUGAUGCUCCUCAAAGCUCUCACUAAACUUAACAACGAAUUUCGUGGUAUGUUUUUUAAAAUCCAAGUUUAUUUAUAGUUGAUGUCGACAAUUUGCUUCCAUUGGUAUUACUAGAUCAUUCUCGACUCUUUCGGUUUUAUGAUGUAAUAAAUGAAAAUUCUUGUAAAAUCAACCGAUGAAAGUCAAAAGACCAAAAUUCAUCUACUGUGUUUCAUUUUGGUCCAUUCUUGUAGAAAGGUUCUUACUUUCAAUGUAAUAGUCUCAAGAGAUAUGGACCAAAWUUCAUCUACUGUGUUUCUUGUUAUUGUAUAUUAUUUCCUUAAUUAAAGUGACCGAGUGUUUUGGGUUGA